UGGUGGAUGGAAGUACUCACCAUAUUCAUCAGCACCGGCUUCAUGAUUGGUCUGCUUGCCAUCCUCGCCAGCUUCCAGAACCGGCUCACAACGGAGUGGACGUUCUUCAUCAGCAUCAACGCCGUCGUUGCCAUUGUCAUCACUGCAGCGCGGGCAACUCUCCUCGCCACCGUGUCGGUAUGCCUCAGCCAGGAGAAAUGGAAUCAUUUCAACAACAGAGCUCGUCGCCUCCAGGACCUGAAUAUCAUCGAUAGAGCCAGCCGUGGACCAUUGGGAUCCAUACAAAUGCUCUUCAGCGUCUCGUGGGGAGUGGCAACAGUGAGCGCGGUAGUCAUGAUUUUGUCUCUCCUCACCGAUUCGUUCGUGCAGCAGGUAGUCUCCUUCCAGCCUGGGAAUAUAUAUGCCCAUCAAGAUGGGUCGGCAACUUUCGGACACGCAGUCAGCUAUAGCAGUGGCCUAAACUUCAACUGGGGACGCUCUGUGCACGACGAAUUAAUAGCCACCAACCCUGACCUGGAAUCUGCCUUCUUCCGGGGCAUUUGGCAGACCAGUUGGCCGUCUGGGGUGAACUGCACUUCCAACUGCACCUGGGACCAGUCCUACUACACGAUAGGCUUCAGCAACACCUGUGCCGAUGUCACAAAGGAGACUUUGGCGAGUCUCCAGUGCUCUGACAACCGCACCAUCACCCUGCCUUAUGAUAAUCCUGCUCCUUGCAAUCUGACUACACCGCAAGGCUUACACUUUCCGUUUGUGCCCAACUCUGGGGGCUCUGCCAUGGCUAUAACCUCCAUCGGCUGGGAUCUUGGGACAAAUUCAACCGAGAAUUUAGAUGGCAGAAGCCUUUCCAAAAGUGCCUUUUGGUCUUGGAACCGAAACGACAUUGACCUGAUCAGUAUGAGUCUUCAUCUAAAGCCGAUGCUGCAGAAUUCGACAGUCGUGGAGUGCACAUCCAGCAUUGUAGUAUACAAAUACUCCAACAUCUCAUUCAUCUCAAACAACCUCAACAUUGGCGCAUCCGAGAAGACGCCCCUUGGAAAGGUAUCUGGUACAACAACGAUGCUCCCGCCGGAAUGUGUUUCCAACAAUUGCUUCUGGGCAGAUACGCUGCUUUGGUGGAACAAUACCAGCCCGGAAAUCCCACAUAUUUCCAUCUCCGGGACGGACCUAUCCAUCGUGGCUCGCCUCUUUAGAUCGCAGGCCUUCUCCGGUAGCGUCGGCCUGGGUAGCCAGUCCGUAGGUAGCACGACGGCCUUUGGCAACGGAAGUCUGGAAACCGUAUCCGGCGUGCUCGACAACAUUGCACAGAGCUUGACGGACAUGAUACGGGAAAAGGGCGCUGUACAGGUCGCGCAAGGCCUAACGAGCCAGGCCGUCGUGUACAUGCGCGUGCAGUGGCUGUGGCUCAUCCUGCCGAUAGCAUUACAGGUGUUUGGCGUGCUGGCGCUGAUUGGGGCGCUGGUUGAGAGAAGGCAGACCAAAGACGUGCCGCUGUGGAAGGGCUCGGCUCUGGCGGUGCUGUAUCACUCCGUUGAUAAAGAUGGAGUUUUGGGAACUCGGGUGAGGGACUUGCAAGAACUGGAGGAUCUGGGAAUGACGCAGGUUAUGCUGGAG